UCUAUGUGCCGAGCACAGACAAUCUACUGUGUCGAGCGACGAUUGAUUCAACUGAGACAACCUAACUUCCUCGUGGAAAUUAUCGAACCCCACCCUAGAUACUAGAUGAUUGGUUGCUAUUUGUAGAAACUCGACGGAGCCUUUAUGUACUGCUUUGUGAUUGGUGAGAGGCCUUUGCCAAUCUCACAUAAUGCCCACGCUCAAGUUAGCUUGAAUUGUGAAAGUAAUGGAGAUGGAUGACUUGAAUGUGCUCAAUUAUUUAGGAAAUAUAUGGAGUAACUGAUAGCUUCCUGAGAGUCCGAGCGAAAGCAGACAGCAAUAACUGUGGAUUGUGGGAUAGCAUGAUAGUUGAACUGGCCCCACACCAGAUGAGGGAAGAUGUUGGCUAUGGACCAAGGCGUGGUGGAAGAAUGGCUCUCUGAGUUUAAGACUCUACCUGAGACAGCCGUUUCCAGCUAUGCCGCCUCUCUCAGGGAGAAAGGCUACCUGGUGCCUGCGCUCUACAAGGUCGUCCGAGAGAACUACAGCGAUUUGCUGGAGCCGGUGUGUCACCAGCUCUUUGAGUUCUACCGCAGUGGCGAGCCUCGUCUCCAGCGCUUCACGCUGCAGUUCCUGCCCGAGCUGCUCUGGAGCUACCUGUCGGUCGGCGCCGGACGAGACCCCCACUGCUCCGGCUGCAUAGAGGCCCUGCUGCUCGGCAUCUACAACCUGGAAAUAGUCGACAAAGACGGACAGAGCAAAGUGUUAACCUUCACAGUCCCCUCCCUGUCUAAACCGUCAGUAUACCACGAGCCCUCCACGAUUGGCUCUUUGGCCUUAGGGGAAGGUGCAUUCGCCAACCACGGACUGAGUAGGGUUGUUUACAGUGGACCCUAUCUUCAGAGAGAAACGUUCACAGCACAGAACAGGUUUGAAGUGCUGACGUUCCUGCUACUGUGCUACAAUGCUGCUCUCAGCUACAUGUCCACCACCUCCCUGCAGUCCCUCUGCCAGCUCGGCUCACGGGUCAGCAUCUGCGGGUAUCCACGGCAACAGCUGCGGCGGUACAAAGGCAUCAACACACGCAUGAUGGUGACCUCCGAAUUCCUGGUGCAGCUCAUCACGGGCAUCCAUUUUGCCUUGUAUAACGGGGAGUCAGACCUGGGAUCCAAAGCGCUGGACGAUGUUCUGUACCGAGCCCAGCUAGAGCUUUACCCUGAAGCAUUGCUGGUGGGCAACGCCAUCAAGUCCACCACCCAGGGUGCCACCCUCAAGUCCAACAAGGAGGGCACGCGCUGCGCAAUCCAGGUGGAGAUCACGCCCACGGCGCCGCGCAUCUCCCGCAACGCCGUCACCAGCCUGUCCAUCCGCGGCCACCGCUGGAAGAGACACGACGCAGUGGAUCUGGGUUCCCCGGAUGACCUGACGGAGAUCGCAGAGGAGGACGAGGGCUUUUGCCCACGUGCGUUGGUGGAGGGAGGUGGCGGCGGCGGAGGGGGUGGCAACAGCCCCCCCAUCGUGGUGAUCAGCAACAGCUGUGGCGCCACCAGCCCUGCGCCCACACCAGGCAAGCCGGCGGGCAAGAGCCAGAGGCGACUGCUGGGGGGCAAAUCCAAGGACAAGGAGAAGGAGAGGGAGAGGGAGAGGGAGGGGUUGGCUACUCCUGAUCAGCGAAAGCAAGGAGGCGCUGGGGGGCGGGCCGUGACUGAGAACCCGGAGCAGCUGGCACUCAAGCGCCUGAUGCUCACGUCCAGCCAGUCCGUGCCCAAGUCCACCACGCUCAGCCUGUCGCGCACAGCCAGCGCCGUCUUCUCCCGGUCCUUCGAGCAGGUCAGCAACGCCCUUGCCAUCGCCACCGGCAACCAGGGGCACCGCGCCCCAAGCCCCAGCCCCGGCUCUAACCACGCCCCCGCGCUCAACAACCGCUACUCGGCCUGCAGCCUGCAGGAGGAGGGUUUGGGCUUCAUGAUGGGCGGCGGUGAGGACCUGAGCCCCGCCCCCCACCACAAGCAGCCGUCCCCGAGCAUCAGCGUGCAUCUGGCCCCCGACCUGUGAACUUUGACCUAUGAGGUCACGUGGGGCGUGGUCACACCCUUGUGCCCGCCCUCAUCUUCUUGGUAACGAAUCUCACUGUUGCUCUUCUUUGACAAAUGACUUUGCCUUCUUGGUGGACCCAACAUGACACCCCUCCCCUUCAUGGUUCCCCCGUCACAACCUGAAAGUCUGCACUUAACCCCCCCACCCACCCCACCCCACCCCACAUACGCCCCUUGUGAAGAAGAAGAAGAAGGCAAAAGGGGGAAGCUGCUCAGUGUCCCUUCCUGUGGUGGCAUUCAGCCAUAACUGUGGCACCUUAGAGAAAGUUCUCGGUUUUUAAUUGUUCUCUAUCUGUUGAUGGGGUGUGAAUCACUAAAACUGUUUUAAAACAAGACAAAGUAUUUUUCCAAUUAAUUAUUUUCUAAGAAGUCCCCACUCCAGUCAUUGUAACUGUUGUUUUUGUUGUUGUAGGGGACUGUUAUUCAUGAUCUCUUCAUAGUGUCCCCAUCAACUGGUUCGGUAUUGUGGACUGUACGCCAGGCCGUUUAAAGUGUAAUUUUUUUUAAGUGUCAUUGUGUGUGUGGGUGGGUGUGUGUGUGUUUGUGCCCGAAUCUGUUUGGGUGUAAAUGUACCUGAAAGUAUAUAGCCAUGGGUUUACAUUUGGGAUGCUGGUGGGUUGGCUUUGCUGAGCAAAAUUACAAAAACGCAUCAGGUUGUUUUUUGUCUGUUUCUUAAAAGAAUGCGUCAGAAAAGCACAGUAGCGAUAAAUGAUUGCACAGCAUGUUUAAUUAAGCAAUGGGAAAUGGGUCAAUCAAGAAUGACUCAUGUUGCACUAGGCUUAAACCCAAGCCAUCACUAUGUGUCCCCAGUCGAACUUCGAGUCCCCAGCAUGGUUGUGUAAGUCAUAUUUUUACCACUAUUGAUCAACUUUGUUGGGAGAAAUCCACCCAAAUUCACCUCAAAUAUUUAAAACAAAGAUAAAUAAAUAGAAAAAAAAGGCUUUGUUUACAACAGCUGCUUUUCCCAAGAUGCCGAAAGAAGCGCCAUCGGUUAAUUUUGAUCCAGUGAAUAACUGUGAUUUUCCUCCACUGGGCUCGGAGCAGCACGCCCCUGCAGAAAGAAACCGCCUCUCGUCGCGUGGAGGCAGAGAAGGUGUUUGUAUGAUGAUGUUUUCUACGUAUGCUGUACAAACUGUGGUAUUAGGAGAAGAGGAAAGAAAGGUUCCUUUGCAGUAUUAAUAUUGAAAUCAAAGCACAUCUGUUUUUUUUUUUUUUGUUUUUUUUGUUUUUUCUUCUUCGACUUCAAACCAGCACGGCAAGGAGUUCCGAUGGGGAGCGAUGGCCAAGUAUCUCACCCCUUGCAAAAAUUCACUCCAGUUCUCUUCUGCAAAUUGUAUUGGAUCGCCCAUCUUGGAAGUGACUGUGCUCGUAUCAUGUUACUGUGUUUAUAUGAUUGAGUUGUGUGUUUGUGGGAUUGUUUUUAUUGUUUAAUGGGUAAAUUGGACGAAACACUGUGGUACUGUAUGAUUUUCAUGAAAUGGGAAAAUUGGUUAAUUUGAUUUUUGGUCAGCUUUGUCUCCAUAGAAUAUAUAUUUGGUAAGUACAGGGGUGUUUUUUUUUUUUUUUUUUUCUAGUUCACAAUGUGGAAGUAUAACAAUCAUGACUCAAAAUUUUUGUUUACAGAAAUGUGAAAAAAAAUGCUCUUGUGAAUUGUACAUAUUAUUGUACUAAAGUUUUUUUUUUGUUUUUGUUUUUUUGUUCUUUUUGCCUUUUGUCUGAAAGUAACUCAAUGAUAAAGCUUCUCGGAUAAUAAAGUGUUUAUAUUUCA